UCUCUCUCCGUCUCCCUCUCUCUAUCUCUCGUCUUCUUGGUUUCUUUCUUUUUCUUGGUGGGUUUCGGUUUUCAGCUCCCGGGUCUUCACGUUUCUGCAAGUGUUGCUUGUGUUCUUCGCGAGACAGAGACAGUAAAAAAGAUGCCACUGUUUGUUGUUGGUGGUGGUGGUGGUGGUGAAGAAGCACGGACCGAAGACACCUCCACGCAACCUCCUCGGGAUUCACGUGACUUGCCCGCUUUAAUGUCUUCUUGUCACCCCAUUUCUCUCCAGUUCGUGGACGUGAGCUACAGGGUCAAGAUAGAUGACCGCCAAGGAGGCAACAUCAAACGUAUCUUCGGUCAGUCCACGCCCCCGCCCCACGGCAGCGCCACGGCACCGCCGCGCGAGCGAACGAUACUGAAGGGGAUCACCGGCACAGCGUCACCGGGGGAGAUCCUGGCUAUCCUCGGUCCGUCGGGGAGCGGCAAGUCGACGCUCCUCAACGCCCUUGCAGGGCGGCUCCGCGGUGGCCUCUCUGGGACGAUCAUUGCCAACGACCAGAGGCUCGGGCGGUCGAUGCUGCGGCGGACUGGGUUUGUGGCCCAGGACGAUAUUCUCUACCCACACCUCACUGUGCGGGAGACGCUCGUGUUCUGCGCGCUCCUCCGGCUCCCGCGGGCGCUGGGGAGGCUGGAGAAGGUGGCGGCCGCGGAGGCGGUGAUCACCGAACUCGGGCUGGCCAAGUGCGAGCACACCAUCAUCGGGAACAGCUUCGUGCGGGGGGUGUCGGGUGGCGAGCGGAAGCGCGUGAGCAUCGCCCACGAGAUGCUGGUGAACCCUAGCCUGCUGGUCCUCGACGAGCCGACAUCGGGGCUGGACUCGACCGCAGCACACCGGCUGAUGGCCACACUUGGGUCGCUGGCUCAGAAGGGCAAGACAGUGGUCACGUCGGUGCACCAGCCGUCGAGCCGGGUCUACCAGAUGUUCGACUCGGUGCUGGUCCUGAGCGAGGGCAGGUGCGUGUACUUCGGGAAAGGUCGCGACGCGGUGAGCUACUUCGGGUCGGUGGGCUUCGCGCCGGCCUUCCCGAUGAAUCCUGCCGACUUCCUUCUCGAUCUCGCCAACGGGGUGUACCAACUCGAUCGAGCGAUCGAAAGAGAGAACCCCAACAUCAAGCAAUCUCUCGUCGCGUCUUACAACACCGUGUUAGCUCCCAUGGUCAAAGCGGCCUGCGUGGACGUUUCGCCCAUUCGAGCAAAAGGAAACGCGGCCGAGGGCGGAGGCCAUUCUCUGCCACGCUGCCGAACCGGCGGUAACUUCACCACCGGCGUCUCCAAUUGGUUCAACCAAUUCAGCAUUCUUUUCCAGAGAGGCCUCAAGGAGCGCAAGCACGAGGCCUUCAAUCGACUCAGAGUCUUCCAAGUCAUCGUGGCGGCACUGCUGGCGGGCCUAAUGUGGUGGCAUUCGGACUCCCAGAAUAUUCAAGAUCGGCUCGGCCUGCUCUUCUUCAUCUCGAUCUUCUGGGGGGUGUUCCCGUCCUUCAAUUCAGCGUUUGCGUUCCCCCAGGAGCGCGCCAUCUUCGUGAAGGAACGGUCUUCGGGGAUGUACAGUCUCUCCUCCUACUUCAUGGCGCGAAUUGUCGGGGACAUGCCCAUGGAGCUCAUACUACCCACCAUCUUCCUCUCCAUAACUUACUGGAUGUCCGGGCUAAAACCCGAGUUCGGCACAUUCGUCUUGACGCUGCUGGUCGUGCUCGGCUACGUCCUCGUAUCUCAGGGCCUCGGCCUCAUGCUAGGCGCGGUCAUAAUGGACGCCAAGCAGGCCUCUACCAUAGUCACGGUCACAAUGUUGGCCUUCGUGCUGACCGGGGGAUUUUACGUGCACAAAGUGCCGUCCGCCUUGGUCUGGAUCAAGUACGUUUCGACCACGUUUUACAGCUACAGGCUCCUGAUCAGCAUCCAGUACGGGGACGGAAGAGGCAUUUCCUUGAUGCUGGGUUGCGGCCGAGAUGGGAAUUCAUACAGCACAAGCUGCAAGUUCGUCGAGGAGGACAUCGGAGGGCAGGUUCGGCCCGGGGUGUGCGUCGGCGUCUUGCUGCUGAUGUUUUUCGGAUACAGGUUGUUGGCGUAUCUCGCCUUGCGACGGAUCAAGGCUUGAAAGAAACAUCAGCUACCGCCAAGGCCAGAGUGUACAAGUAUUUCCGAGCCGAUUCAGGAGGGCCCUUUUAGAAUUUAGCUUCUGCUGAAUUGGCAGGCUGAUUGCUGCUGUGCAGGCUUAACGAUUGCACUGGCUCAUUUCCUGUUCUCUUCUGGUCUUUCUUCUUUUGUGUUUUCAGUUUUAAUUAGGAUUUGGAUUCAAGCUGACAAGAGUUUAGAGGCAGCAUAAGAGCAGCUUCAUUGCUCGAGCAAUUGUAAAGCAUCAUGAGAUGUCAGAAAGACAAACUUGUGGUGAUUCAUUAAUCUUUAUAGCA